AUGUUGAAUUUAUUCAACAUAAAAACGCUAGGUGGUUGGACUGAUGAAAGUUAUGAUUUGUUGUUGGAAAAGCUACAUGACAUUCUUCCAGACGAGAAUGACAUUCCCAAGUCUACCUACUAUGCCAAAAAACGGAUGUGUCCACUAGGUUUAGAGUACAUCAGGAUACACGCAUGUCCUAAUGAUUGUGUGCUUUAUCGGAAGGAGUAUGAAAAUCUUGAUGCUUGUCCAAAGUGCGGCGUAUCGCGCUACAAGCGUAAGGGUUCAAACCCCAAUCGCAAGAAGUGGCCACCGGCUAAGGUGUUAUGGUAUCUUCCAAUAAUACCAAGGUUUAAGCGCCUAUUUUCAAUUAAGGAGGAGGCAAAAAACUUGGUGUGGCAUGAUGAAGGGAGGAAGAAAGAUGGGAAUAUUAGACAUCCUGCUGAUGCUUUGCAGUGGAAACAUAUUGAUGAAACCUUUCCCGAGUUUGGUAAAGAGGCUAGGAACCUAAGACUUGCAUUAAGUACAGAUGGGAUGAACCCAUAUGGCACUCUUAGUUGUCAACAUAGCACAUGGCCGGUUCUUUUGUCGAUUUAUAAUUUGCCUCCUUGGUUGUGCAUGAAGCAGAAAUACAUUAUGCUGGCUCUCCUAAUAUCUGGGCCUAAACAACCCGGUCAUGACAUAGAUGUCUACUUGGCACCCCUCAUUGAAGAUUUGAAAUUGUUGUGGGAAGAAGGUGUUCCGGUGUUUGAUGCAGAUACAAGUACAACCUUUACACUUCGUGCCAUGAUUUUUUGCACCAUAAAUGAUUUCCCGGCGUAUGGGAAUUUGUCAGGGUAUAAAAACAAAGGAGAGAAAGCAUGCCCGAUUUGUGAGGAGGAAAUGAUACCCCAACGAUUGAAGCAUUGUGGAAAAAAUGUGUACAUGCACACUAGAAGGCUCCUUCGUCGAGAUCACCCUUAUCGUAAUAAGAAAAAAGAAUUCAAUGGGCAUAAGGAGAAACGUACUAUUCGUGAGCCUUUAACGGGAGUAGAAUUGUAUGAAAAAAUCAAAGAUGUGGAGACAAUUUACGGGAAGCACAACACACCCACGACUAAGAAGGGUUUCCUUUGGAAAAAGGUGUCUGUAUUCUGGUCUCUUGCUUAUUGGAAACACCUGUCAGUUAGACAUUGUCUUGAUGUCAUGCACAUUGAAAAAAAUGUAUGUGAUUCAAUCAUUGGUACUUUGUUGAAUAUGCCUGAUAAAACAAAGGAUGGGCCCCAUGUUCGGAGAGAUAUGAAGCUUGCCAAUAUUCGACCAAAAUUAUGGCCCUAUGAUAAUUCCAAAACAAAAAAGUCAUUUUUACCUCAUGCUGGCUACACAUUGAGCAAAGAAGAGAAAAGGAUAUUUUGUGAGUGUUUGCAUGGGAUUAAGGUGCCUACAGGGUAUUCGUCGAAUAUUAAGCGGUUAGUUUCAAUGAAAGAUAAGAGGUUGAUCGGCAUGAAGUCCCAUGAUUGUCAUGUUAUGAUGCAAGUGAUCCUACCAAUUGCACUUCGAGGGCUUCUCCAAAAACAUGUCAGGCAUACUAUUGUCCAACUUUGCCUUUUUUUCAAUGCCAUUUGCAGUAAGGUAAUUGAUCCGAAAAAACUUGAUGAUAUGCAGACUGAUGUUGUUGAAACAUUAUGCAAGUUGGAGAUGUGUUUUCCACCCUCUUUUUUUUGA